AUGGAUGCUCGCAGCCAUGCUGCCGUGGCGCCGCUCUCCGAGCAGUCCGCGCUCGACGUUGAGGCCGCCAGCUGGGCUGAGCAAUGGGCAGUCCAGGAGGUAUGCCAUGAGCUGUUCUUCCCAGAACAUAUGCUGUCUGCGCCUCAGCCAAUCACGCUGUGGGCCUUGGACCAGGCCAUUGCGUCCUUCCCCGUCCGCGCUGGCCUCGGGGCUCACCGCCUGGCAACGCGGGCCAUCCAGCGGCUCCCCAUCGCGGCCCGCAUGCUGCUCAUCCACAUCCUGCUUGCCGCGGAGUGGCUGGGUGGGUGGACGGCCGCUUGCAACCUGGUGCUGAUCGUUUUACUGCCCAAGCUGUAUGGCGCGGGUUGCGACCCAUCGGCCUCUUCCCCACUCUUCCGCGCGCGGAUGCGCACGAGAGCCUCCGCAGCCCCGGCAUGGGAAGCAGCUCGUGCACUCCCAUCGGCGUUCGGCAGCGCUGGUCGCGGGGCGCAGCGCGCGGCCUGGGCAGCCGCCUUUGCCGCCGAGGCCUCGGCGACCUCCGCGCACCAGCACGUCGCCUCCCUCCUGGAUCUGGUGGGGGUUCUCGAACCAGUGCCGCGCCGCCUCGUGGCUGCGGCCGCGGCGCGUUUAUGCUUCGACUUAAUCGCCCUUCGCCCGUCACUGGCAGCCUACCGCUUGGCCCGGGCCAUCGGUCGGGAUCUGUUCUUCGCCACGCUCGAGCUCCAGAUGCUGUUGCACGAGUCCGUGCUCAUUGCGUCCCGGCGGUGGCACUCAUUGCGCCUUUACCUGUGCGUAGACGACCUGACCAUCGUUGCCUCCGACUUCUCUGAGGAAGCGCUUGUAGCUGUGGCGCGUGGCACAAGCUUCUUUGUGGGCAUGUUCGGGCGCUGCCUCAAGCUCGCGGUCUCGGCGUCGAAGUCGUUCGCGGUCGCGUCGAGGCCGAGCCUGGCGGCCAGUCUGUCCCGCAUGUUCCAGCGACGCCUCUUGGUGCCGAAGUGCAGCGUGAAGAUGCUGGGCACGGCUUAUGCCGGCGGUCGCGCACGGGCUGUUGGCGUCUUCAAGGCGCGCCUCAAACAGUUCAAAAUACGCAUUCCCAGAGUUCAUGCUCUGCGCCGCCACCGCGUGGACACCGCCCGGGUGGUGAAGGCCAUCGGGGGCCCCUGCAUGCUGCGCGGCAUGGACAUCAUUGGCGCGUCCAGUACGCAUCAGCACAGCGUGCGCGUCGCAGCCCUUUGCGCCGCUCUGCCGCCUGGCACGAGCCGCAACGUCGACGUAGCCUUCGCUGUUCUGGAUGCCGGAGGCGCCGCAUUGGAUCCAGCGUAUGCUGCGCGCGCCACGCCCCUCCGUCACUGGGGCGUGGCGCACUGGCAGGAGUGGGCACCCGCGCCAGAGCCCGACCACGCUUUCGACGAGUCUGGGACCCGCCAGGAGAAGGUUGAGGUGACUGGCAGGUCGCCGUGA